AUGACGACGACGACCAAGAAGCCGAGCUGCCCGCGCUGCCACGCGUCCUCGGUGCUGCUCCUCGAGCGUCGCUUGCUUUGGAUCUGCGGUGCCUGUGAGAAUACGUUUCCCGCGACGGCGAGCGCGCAGCUGGUCUCGUUUGUCGGCUACACGCGGCCAAAGUUGAAGAUCUUCCUCUCGUACGGGCACGACCACUACCAGCCCCUCGCCAUGGCCAUCAAGACGCAGCUGCAGGAGCGAGGCCAUUACGUCUGGGUCGACCACGAGCAGCUUUCACCAGGCUGCGACUGGGAAACGGACAUUUCCAACGGCCUCAACCGCGUGAAAGAGGCGCAGGAGCAUGGCCGCGUCUUGCUGCUCAUGACGCCGCACGCCCUUCGGCGCCCCGACGGCUAUUGCCUCAACGAAAUCGCACGCGCCAUCACGCUGCGUCUGAGCAUCUUUCCCAUCUUCCUCGCCACGUGCGAGCCGCCAGCGUCCAUCUCGCACCUGCCGUACUACGACAUGCGCUCGAUCGUGCCGGCGCGCGACAACGACGACGAGCCUCUCGAUGUGUGGAACGCGCGUCUGAACCAAGUGCUGCACAGCAGCGCGUUCCACGACUGCGUCACCCGCUGCCUCAGUCUGCUCGAGCUCGUACGUGCACAAUGUGUACGACGCUGCGACAGCAUGCUUGCCUAUCCGAUGGCGGCGAUUGCCGGCGCCAACAACGUCGGUUUGUGCCUGCCCCAGAGCCCUCCGUCGCAGCUGAUAGCGGUGCUCAAGCCCGAGGCCGGAGCCGCCAACUCGCGCUUUGUGUUGAGCUAUGGGGAAAAGUGUCUCGAGCUGGCGCGUCGGCUGUGCGCCGACUUGAUCGGCGCGGGCUUUGCCAUCCACGACGUUUCGUUGCAGCCGCUGCGACAAAACAUGUCGGCCGAAGAAGAGGACGCACGUCGGAAGGCACUCGACUGGGCCCAAGAAGAGAAAAACGGCAAGCUCGUGCUUCUCAUCACGCCGGGCAGUGUCGGCCGACCCCACGGCGUCUGCCUCAACGAGAUCUCACUGGCCAUGUCCAAGGGCCUUGGAUUCGUGCCGCUAAUGGUGCGUCCGUGCGAGAUUCCGCUCAGUAUUUGCCGCAUCCAGUGGCUCGACAUGUGCGACGUCUGUGCCGUGCACCGCCACGAGGCGAAUGCGAUCGCGUGGGGACUCCAUGAAGCCCGGUACAAGACGCGCUACAACCAGCUGCUCGCGGCCCUGAAUGGGCAAAUCGGCCUCGACCACGAUGGCCAACAAGCACGACUGUUUAGCUUGCUCUCGCCGUUCUCGUUCCAGUCCCAGAUUAGCAAACUCACCCAACUCUUUGUCGCGCGCGAGUGGGUCCUCGCCAAAUACGAUGCGUGGGUCCAGACACCGAACGGUAGCCGCAUCUUUGUCGUUUCUGGCGUGAUUGGCUCGGGCAAGAGUGCCAUCAUGGCACAAAUCAUUCAAAACCGCCCCGAAAUUGCGGCGUUCCAUUUGGCGUCGCACGAAGAAGACCAGACGCAGAGCGCGCGCCGGUGCGUGCUCAGUCUUGUGUACCAGCUCUCGACGCAGCUGCCCGAAUAUGCCAACGUGCUCAACUCCCAAGAGCCCCUCGAAGAAAUCGUGCCCGUCAAGUCGCUCGUCGACCUCAUCCAUGCCCUUUUGAUCGCACCGCUGAGUGCAAUUGCGCACCCGGCGUCGAUUCUGGUGCUCCUCAUCGAUGGCAUCGAGUGCUUUGAACCGGGCUUUGUGGCCACGCUCACGGCACACAUGGACCUCUGGCCGUCGUGGGUUCGGUUCGUCUUUGGAACACGCGAAGACCCGAGUGUGCUCCAGACGCUCCAAGCGUACAUGCCACCCGCCGUCUCGCUGGACCCGUCUCUCUAUGAAUCCAAGCUCGACAUCAAGGCGUACCUCCAUUUGGCGCUCACGCCGCAAUUGACGACCGAGAGCCAAGGCAAGCGCAACGAAAUUGUCGACUUUAUCGCGGCGCGCGCCGAGGGCCUCUUCUUGUACGCGCGCCACCUUGUAAACGCGAUCGCUGUCGGCCAGCUCCAGCUGAACGAGCUCGACGCGUUCCCGACGUCCAUGGGCGGGUGCCUCCAGCACUGCUUUGACGCGCAGUUCCCGUCCAUCGGGUACUACAAGAAGACGAUCCGACCCGUGCUCGAAGUGCUUUGUGCCGCCAACGAGCCGCUCCCGCUCUCGAUGUUCCGGUCCAUCUUGUCGCUCGAUGUCUACGAGCAGCACGACAUUCUCGCCUGGUUCGGGUCACUCUUUUACAUAACCGACAGCGACAUCAUCAAGCCGUUCCACUCGUCCGUCCUGGAUUGGUUGCAGGACGCCAAGUCGGCGGGCCCGUACUUUGUCGACGCCGAGAACGGACACUAUGCGAUCGGGGUCUGGUGCUACAACGAAUACCAGCGCAGCGUCAAGUCGGGUGUCAAUUUUCCAAACUCGAGUGCUUUUGACCUCGAGACGGCGCGGGACACUGCGACCCGCCGCGCACGCAUCUACAUUGUGCGGCAUGCCCGCCAGCACCUCGAGAAACUGAUUGACGAGACGCAUUUUCUGGCCGCGAUGGACAUGAUGAUGUUUUUCAACACGGACGAAACCUUCCUUUUGGCCCAGCGACUCCUUAGCAUCCGCGAGAUCGGUCUUCAGAGCUUCUUCCACGGCAAGAUCUCGCGCGACGAAGCGCAAGCGCUUCUCAAGCGCAAUGCACAGCCCGGUGCGUUCUUGAUCCGGUACAGCUCGGCGCAAAAGGCGUACUGCGUCUCGUUCGUGCCGGCGCGCAUGACGCCGGGUGUAUACCAGCACAACCUCAUCUACCACCUCAACUCGGGCGCGUACUCGCUUGCGCCGCCGCACGAGGUGCAUGCCAAGACCGAGAUCUUCUCGGACCUCGUGAGCUUUGUCGAGGCGUUCCAGCGCCGCGGUAUCCUCAAGGCGCCGAUUCGCUGCGUUGGUACCAUCAACCGAUCGAUUUCCAAGUCGGCCUGA